CACUGCACCAAGUGCCGCCGCCGCUGCACGACAUCGCCUCCGCCCGCUCAUCCUCGUCCACGACUCCGGCACGUCUUCCUCAACCCCAUGGCCAACACCAGCGAAGCCGGUUCGUCCACGGGGGGAUCUAAUGCCAUGACCUUCAUUAAUGCUAUACCGCCGUUGGAUGGUUCCAACUACGGGAUGUGGGCGCAGAAGCUAGAAGUGGCUCUUGCAUUGUCAGAUAUCGAUUUCGCCAUCACCUCACCGUUUCCCGUUUGUCCUGCGGAACUGGUGAGGGACCCGGAAGAGACGACUGCCGCUUGGCAGGCUCGUCAGAGAGAACAUGCAAGUGUUCAAAUGAAAUUUGAUCUUGAGAAAGCAAAAUGGAUCUCUUCCAACAGAAAGUGUUUGAUGGUUAUCAAAAGUUCCAUCAUAGACAGUAUCAGGGGAGCAAUCCCAGAUUGCCCCACCGCAGUUGAGUACUUAAAGAAAGUGGAGAGUCAAUUUUUUGGCUCUUCAAAAGCUUAUGCUCAGACUCUGAUUCAGAGGUUAGUUAAUGAUAAGUACACUGGCGGUGGUGUGAGAGAGCACAUACUGAAAAUGAGCAAUAUGGAUAUGGUGAAGUCAAGGGCUCAAGGCACGCGUUCCAAGGUCGCCAUGCCAUAG